AUGACUUUGAUGCGUCGUCUUUACCGGAAGGUUCAAGCACCAAAUGAAUCGACGAACCGAGUGCACAUCCCUAAGCCACGGCAUGAAGCAGUGCAAGGCACCCAGGCGAGCGGGCUGGCAGGUUUUACGUAUGCUGUGAGAGGCCCCGGCACAGUGCAUGGAUUUGUUGGCAGGUCUUUACCUGUAAUGUGUCACUAUGAUAAAUCCUAUCAAACAUAUUACAAAUAUUGGUGCAAAGGAGACAUUUGGAAUUCUUGCACUAAGGUUGUAAAGACCAGAGGAUUAGAAGCAGAGGUGAAGGCUGGCAGAACAUCUGUCAAGGACAAUCAUACUUGCUCUUGCUUCACGGUGACACUGGAGGACCUCAGAGAGGAAGAUGCUGGGGUGUACUGGUGUGGCAUAGAGACAUUUGGAUCUGAUCCUGGCACCCAAGUGACCAUUGUCCCAGAUUCCUUGCCUCCUACCACAACAAUAGUUGUAACUACUGGAUAUUUGUCCACAGUCCACACCAAAAGACUGACUGAGAACACCCCAAGCCUCUGGCUCCUUCUACUGAUCGCUCUGGUGCUGCUGGUGGUUCUUUUAGUGGGAGGCCUAUUGCUGAUGUGGAGGCUGCAGAAGCAAAAAGCUCCCAAAGCACGUGGACAUAACCUUCAGUCUACGGUUCCAAUUUUUGCAGAAGGCAGUGUUUCAAAUGCAACCAUAGCAGCAAAUGUUAGACCAAACUACAAGACACCGUCUCCUGGCUCUGAUCAAGAUCUAAACAGCACACUCCAUGUAGAAUACACAUCUGUGAAAAGAACUCCAGCUCCUCCCACUCAACCUCAGAUUUCCAGUACAAAUACAGAAGAUGUUUCUUAUGCUACCAUAAAGUUUCCUGCCCAAGAUGAACAAGCAAUCUAUGCCAAUUUGAAAUAGACAUCCAAUCCAACCUAACUACAACAGACUGUUUAGAGCUGAAGAAGAAACCCACUCUUCCAUGGGACUCUUUCUUUUCCUCCUCCAGUCAGCCAUUGCAAUAUUGCCAUCUGUUCAGUGACAGAAUGUGACUGGACUCCACCCUCUUGUUCUCGUACCAGGCAGUUACCUGUGAUAAGAUGUUACUUCAUUCUUGCAGCUGGAGGACUCCAAGAUGGAUGCCACUGUCAAGAAGCCAUCCUGAAGAAACCCUCCUCUGAUCAGGGCACUGAACAGCCCUAUUUGCAAAGUGGCUACAGAACAUGCAUACAGAGCAGGAGAGGCUCUCUACUGAAGACAGACAUUCUCUACCCUUGCAAGAAAAUAUUGGGUGCAGGCAGGGGUCAUUUAGUAGAAAAAGAGGUGC